AUAGCCUGGUCGGUAAGUUUACUCAGCGGAGCGGAGCCGACACGCUUCUGCGGGACACGAGACGCCGGGGCCCGCCGCGGGACGCCACACGCCGACCCUGAAGGACCCAGCUCCGGACCACAGGCUCCACCCGGCUCCUCCGCCUGUUUUUGCAGGCUCCACCCGGCUCCUCCGCCUGUUUCUGCAGGCUACACCCGGCUCCUCCGCCUGUUUCUGCAGGCUAAAACCGUCUCCUCCGCCUGUCUUGUGGUCAGAUCCUGAGCCCACAGUCCCAGGAGCUUUCCAGCUGCAGCCUGUCUCAGGAUGUCUGAUAAUGGGGAGGUGGAGGACAAGCCUCCGGCCCCGCCCAUGAGGAACACCAGCACCAUGAUUGGCUCCUGCAACAAAGACCCCGCCCCCCUCAACCACGGCUCCAAGCCCCUCCCACCAAACCCCGAGGACAAGAAGAAGAAGGACCGCUCCAUCCGCUUCAUCCUGACCGGCGGCGGCGACAAGACCUAUAAGAAGAAGGAGCGUCCAGAGAUUUCUCUGCCGUCAGACUUUGAGCACACCAUCCAUGUUGGCUUCGAUGCUGUGACCGGGGAGUUCACUGGCAUGCCGGAGCAGUGGGCUCGCCUCCUGCAGACGUCCAACAUCACCAAACUGGAGCAGAAGAAGAAUCCUCAGGCCGUUCUGGACGUUCUCAAGUUCUACGACUCCAAGGAGACUAGCAACAGCCAGAAGUACAUGAGCUUCACAGAUAAAAACUCAGACGCCUACAGUUCCUCCACCACAGCAAGCUCCAAGGCCGUCUCCGAGACGCCCGCCAUAGCAACCGUCUCCGAGGACGAAGACGAGGACGAGGCCGAGCCGCCGCCGGUGAUCGCCCCCCGACCAGAGCACACCAAAUCAAUUUACACGCGCUCCGUCAUCGAGCCCCUCCCCCCUCCUCCCACCAAAGACGCCGCCACCUCGCCCAUCUGCCCCCCGACCCCCGCCGCCGCCGCUGUCACCCCCGCCGGGGCUGCAGACGGAGCCCCCGGCAGCCCGCCCACCGCAAGCCCCGCCCCCGGCCCCUCUUUGCCCCGACCACAGGACAAAACCAAGAAGAAGAAGAUGUCAGACGAGGAAAUCCUGGAGAAACUACGAACCAUUGUCAGUGUCGGGGAUCCUAAGAAGAAAUACACUCGCUUCGAGAAGAUCGGGCAGGGGGCGUCUGGGACAGUGUACACAGCCAUAGACGUGGCUACAGGACAGGAGGUUGCCAUUAAACAGAUGAACCUGCAGCAGCAGCCCAAGAAGGAGUUGAUCAUCAACGAGAUCCUGGUGAUGAGGGAAAACAAAAACCCCAACAUCGUCAACUACCUGGACAGUUACCUGGUGGGGGACGAGCUGUGGGUGGUCAUGGAGUACCUGGCUGGAGGCUCGCUGACCGACGUGGUGACGGAGACCUGCAUGGACGAGGCUCAGAUCGCCGCCGUGUGCAGAGAGUGUCUCCAGGCGCUGGAGUUCCUGCACCAGAACCAGGUCAUCCACCGAGACAUCAAGAGCGACAACAUCCUGCUGGGGAUGGACGGCUCCGUCAAGCUGACGGACUUCGGCUUCUGCGCCCAGAUCACCCCGGAGCAGAGCAAGCGCAGCACCAUGGUGGGGACGCCGUACUGGAUGGCCCCAGAGGUCGUGACCCGCAAGGCCUACGGCCCCAAGGUGGACAUCUGGUCUCUGGGCAUCAUGGCCAUCGAGAUGGUGGAGGGAGAGCCGCCGUACCUCAACGAGAACCCGCUGAGGGCGCUGUAUCUCAUUGCCACUAACGGCACUCCGGAGCUGCAGAACCCGGAGAAGCUGUCCGUCACGUUCAGAGACUUUCUGAACAGAUGUCUGGAGAUGGACGUGGAGAAAAGAGGCUCCGCCAAGGAACUGCUGCAGCACCAGUUCCUGAAGACGGCCAAGCCGCUGUCCAGCCUCACCCCGCUCAUCCUGGCAGCCAAGGAGGCGGCCAAGAGCAACCGCUAGGUGGCUCCACCCGUCUGUCCUCCGCCCUCCGUCCAGCCGGGAUGGAGGCGAGACACCCGCCUGUCCCCGCCUGUCCCCGCCUGUCCUCCUCUCCUCUGUGACCUGCCCUCCCAGCCCACGCCCUUUGACCCCCGGCUCCACCCACCUCCGCCCCCACAUAGGGACACAGUGCGACUGUCUGCGGGGGAGGCGGGGCUUAACAGGUGACAUCCGAUCUGUGGUCCAGUGAUGUCAUCGCCACCGGUACGAACGGAGCCCAAAGACUCAUGGGAAAUUUAUUUUUUUUAAAUCAAUGUUUUUUUCUGCUGGUCUGUGAACAUGAGCGCCCCAGGUGUGUGUGUGCGCGUGCACGUGCCACUUCCUGUCACCCAUUGAGUCGUUUUUAAUCGUCCUCUGAAAGUGCAUUUUGUUUUAUUACUUUUUUAAGAAACGUGUGUGUGUGUGUGUGUGUGUGUGUUGUGUGUGUGUGUGUGUGUGUGUGUGUGUGUGUGUUGUGUGUGUGUGUGUGUGUGUGUGUGUGUGUGUGUGUGUGGUGGGGGGGGGGGGAUCGGGUCGAUUGUCGUGUUUCUUUCUGUCCUCAUUUCCCGGGAGCUGCUGAGUUUGUCAUCUGAAGCUCAAACCCAGUUAGAGAAUAAAGUGAUGUAGAUGAAGAAACGCCGGAGUUCCCAGACCCCGGACCCUAGAACCCAGGACCGGGAGCCCAGGACCCGUCUGCUUGACUAUAAGAACCGUUGUCAGACUCACCCAGGCUGCAGUUUCAGCUGUUUCUGAGGAGAAAUAAUCAUUUAAUUUGAACCUCUGAUUGUCAUUUAUUGAUCGAUCUGAACCAUUAAUCCUCUGUUAUUGAUGGAUCUCGACCAUUGAUCAUUGGGUAUUGAUCGAUUUGAACCCUUGAUCGUCUGUUUUCGAUCGCUGUGGAAUGUUUUGUGUGCUGAUCCGAAUCUUUCCAGUUCUGAUGCUGCUGAGUUGAAGAAGCAGACAAAAGCCAAAACUCAUAAACUGAACACAAACCGCCUGAAGCUGGAAUCCUCAUGUUCAGUGAUUGAAGACCUUUAAAUAACAGUAAUAUAUAAAGAUAUUGGACUUCGGUGUGAAUCAACAUUCUCUCCUGAUGUGAGGAAACCUGUUGUUCAACUGAUCCGUUUUCCAACCUGCAACGUUCUGGACAGAACCAGCCUGAACGGAACGUUCUGGACACCGGGUGUGAUGGGUUCUGGUUCUGGAUGCAUCCAGUGUGGGACCAGACAGACUGCGGCUCUUCAGGGACUCAGUUCUGCCCCCUGCAGUUCAGACAUGGCGUCACAUGAAACCCAUUUCUCAACUUGCUGCCCGUUCUUCCGGUUCCAAACGGCUGGGAUAUGUACCGUAAGAUGAGACCAUGUUACAUUUGGCUGGUUCUGGUACUCACCGUCUGCGGUACUUUGACUCCCCACUGCAGUUCUGGUCCUUGCCUCCUGUGGUUCUGGUCCUUGUCUGUGGUUCUGGUCCUUGUCUGCGGUUCUGGUCCUUGUCUGCGGUUCUGGGGCUGGGAGAGAGCAGUCUGCAUGUUCAGGACCCUUUUCAGAAGCGGUUCUUGUCAGAUGAGCGGAGAGUAGCAACAGCGGAGGCCUGUAUGUGAUGAGAACUAACGUGAAU